UCACGGCUAGCACUCGUAGCAAAGCACAGAUUGAACGUUUGCGUCGUCCGAGUUGGGAGCGCGCGCGCGCGCGCGUGAUCAAUCAUGAAGACGAUGAUGCGCAAGGACGAGAUAAGGAUCAAUUGAGGAGAGCCGAAGCAAAAGUGGCUUCUGUGCAGGUGUGCGCGCGUGUUGGUGCGUGCUCCUCGGUGAGGUCUGCGCGCGAUGUUCAUAUUCGCGCCCGCGUCGGCGAGGGACGCCAGCAGCUCGGGCGGCGCGAGCAUGCAGCCGUCGGCGACGACGUCGUCGGCGUCGACGACGACGGCAACGCCGCGUCGCAGCAAUCGGUACGCGCGCUCUUCGACGACGAGCGUGACCCAGCUGCUCAGCGACUCGUGCUCGAGCCUGCUGCAGAGACUGACGAGCCGCGUUAGGGGCCCGUCGACGACCGUCGAGCGUCCGGCGCUCUUGACCUCCGCGUCCGCCGCGAGCGUCUCGAUUCCGAGCACGCCCCGACCGCAGCCGCGCCACCAGCAGCAUCGCCAGCACAAGGACGACUCGACGCUGCUGGGCAGCGCGAGGACGCGCCUGGAGGAGAAGUACUCGAGCGUGCUGGAUCGGAAGCCCAGCUUUCUGGGCGGCAGUCGAGUCAAUCUGCAGCAGCGUCAUCGGCGCGAGCCCAGUCCGUUCGUGCGCGAGGACAGGACGCUGGAGCCGUCCGCGAGAAGGAGCGUGCUGAAGAGCCCAAGCGGCGGCGGCGGCGGCGGCAUCAACAGCAGCAGCAGCAGCGCGAUCCUGCUGAGCGAGAAGGCUUACCCGUACGUGAGCCCGGUCAGGCGCGAGAAGACGCCCUGCGGCCACGAGAGGCGUGCUGGUCGGCCGAGAAGGAACGCCGAGGGCCGCGCCACAGGCAAAUGCAACAGUCACAGCAGCAGCGAGCUGAAUCUCGCCGACACCUACUCGCCAUUGCUCGGCCGAAGUCAUCAGGCGUCGUCGUCGGAUUCGUUCCAUCGCUAUGGUCGUCACAAAUCCGGUCACGCCGAGAGCCGCAGCCGCAAAAUCCGUCCACAACUACGACAAGGCAAAAGCGAGCAACCCGACAUGUCGACGCACGUAACCUUAUCGGACGAUCCCGAUAAGACGCCGAUAGCCGAGGAAGUCGAACGUCGCGCUGCAAAAAUCCUUCCGGAAUUGUUGGACAACGAUCCGAAGAUCGUCGAGAGGGAAGCAAAGCGCAAAGAGAUACAAAGCCUCAUUGCUAAGUACGCGGCACUCGACGAGGUCAACGACGGCCAAAGCGCGACCGAUGCCAUCGCCAGCAAGUAUCAGCGUAGAAAGAAUAAUAACAAUAACGUCGAGAGGAGUAGUUGUAAUUUGAUGGUGAAUGAUAACGAGGACGAACUGGUGGACGACGACGAUUUCCUGCUGGUUGAUAAUGCCAGGAGAUUCUCUAGGAAGGCGCCCAUCAGCCCACGAGCGCCUUCCGUCGAGGAUGACGAAGAUGGCCACCUCAUUUACCAAUCUGGCGACACCCUGGCCAAUAGAUAUGUUAUCUUGGCCACCCUUGGCGAGGGUACUUUUGGGAAGGUUGUCAAGGUUAAGGACGUGCACAUGGAUCACGUCAUGGCCUUGAAGAUAAUCAAGAAUGUCGAAAAGUACAGAGAAGCCGCCAGGCUUGAAAUCAAUGUAUUAGAGAAGAUAUCCGUGAAGGAUCCAGAAGGCAAUAACUUGUGCGUCAAGAUGCUUGACUGGUUCAACUACCACGGCCACAUGUGUAUUGCUUUCGAGAUGCUUGGACUCAGCGUCUUUGAUUUUUUAAGGGACAAUAACUUCCAACCCUACCCACUGGAUCAUGUGAGACAUAUGGGUUACCAACUAUGUUACUCCGUAAAAUUCUUGCACGACAACAAGCUCACGCACACAGACCUGAAACCUGAAAACAUUUUGUUCGUCGAUUCUGACUAUGACGUUGUCUACAACAGCAAAAAGCGCCGAGAUGUGAGGAGAGUGAAAAGGACGGACAUUAGACUUAUUGACUUUGGCAGUGCAACGUUCGACCACGAGCAUCACAGCACUAUUGUCAGCACAAGACAUUAUCGAGCGCCAGAAGUCAUUCUAGAAUUAGGAUGGGCACAGCCUUGUGAUGUGUGGUCGAUCGGUUGCAUCCUCUUUGAGCUCUACCUCGGAAUCACCUUAUUCCAAACACAUGACAAUCGCGAACAUCUUGCAAUGAUGGAACGUAUACUUGGUUCAAUUCCACACAGGAUGGCACGUAAAACCAAGACUAAAUACUUUGAUCAUGGCAAACUUGCAUGGGACGAAAAGAGCUCUGCUGGUAGAUAUGUUCGUGACAAUUGCAAACCUUUGCAUAGAUACCUGCUGUCUGAUGACGACGAUCACCAGCAGCUUUUCGAUCUCAUAAAGAAGAUGCUGAAAUACGAGCCAUUGACCCGCAUUACCUUGAAAGAAGCGCUUUCUCAUCCAUUUUUUGACUCUUUACCUGCGCACCAUCGACUAUUUGAGCCACGUUCAUCGAGCGACUCGUCUCAACAGUCGCACGAACGUUCACACUCACUUUCUCGAUGAAGCUAGGAGCGGGACCGCAUCGCAGCGAGCUACCGCCGCAAUUUCGGUUCCUCUACUGACCUCUUUGUGCGAUGACAAGCACGCGCCAAUCAGUGUCCUUUAUUUUUCGCCUUCAUUUUUUUUAACAUAGAAUUUUCAUUUCGAUUGAACGAAAAUUUGAGAAAAAACAAAUGCAUCUUAUUAUCGUUCAUUUUGAAAUUAGCCGUUAAGACACUACGAUUUGAGGUAUCAUAGCCUCAGAAAUCUUAAUGUACAUCAUGAGAGUUUCAUUUAAUUCUAUUUAUCUGGAAAAAUUCUUCGUAAGAUGAUUAUCGUGAAUUUUAAUUUUGACUGCUGAAGGAUUGCUGCUCAUGUAAUUGUGGAUAGAUGCCUAAGGAUCAUUAUUAUACCCAUUGAUGAAUCAAUGUGUGACAUGUCCAAUCGAGGACAGCUUGCGCGCGAGUCCCGCGAUAAUGUAGACGUUUCUUUUGUAUGCGAAUUUUCUGUAUAUUUUUAAUUUUCUUCCUUUCUUAAGAUCAUGCUGCUAUAAUGCAAUAACAACACAAAAGUGAGGAAAAGAACGAUUACUGUUUGAUAAGAUGCAAAAAAUAGAUUUUGAUGUAAACUUUUCACUUGCGUUCUUGUGAUUGUUGUGUUAAUUGAGGCAUAGAAUCGAUGACUAGGAUAGGUCUGUUUAUGUUUCAGCUAAGCUAAGUUAGCAGAUAAUUUUUAGAUUAAAAUAAAGUAAUAAGUAAUCUUUGGAUCAAAUGAUUACCGACGAAGUAAAUGAGUGCGAUUUUUACGGAAAACCUUUUCCUACUUUCCUCUCGUUAAAAUUUCGUUGGAAGGUGAAUCCGAUGAUUAAUGCGUAACACAAAUGUCGGAAGUGUAAAUAAGUAAAGUGUGUUGAAAUUAUCAUUUAUUAAUUUUUUUUCCGUAUACCUUCAUUCUUGAAACUUGAGAGUAAGCGAAUGUCGUUCGCUGUUUCUAGAAAAAAAUUUUUCUUACGUUUAAUUUUUCUUUACAACGGAAAUAAAACGAAGAGGCUUUUAUUUUAUGAAUUUGAUAGUAGCCAGAUGAUAUAAAUAUCAGAUUUCACUUUGAUAACAAUGGUAUAUAAUAAUAUAUACUAUUCUGUUAUUUAAGUUUUAUGAAUGGAUAUUUUUGAAAUGUAUACAUUAUAUAUUUCAAAAAAAAAAAAUAAUAAUACUACUUGUGAAAUAAAAGAG